CUCGCUUCUCUUUCCAAAAUGGCUCCUUCAAACCCCGAAACCUGGACCCACGAAUCCUCCAUUAUCAAGGAGAAUGAGCUUCGAGAAAUGGUCGUGCUUCUGGGCAAGGGCUUCCGGGUCCACCAUCCCGAUGCCCUUGGGGGGAUCAGUCUAUCCCACAAUCCAAACCCCCAGAAAUACAUGGUCAUGCAAUACCAUUCUGUAGAAAAUGGGUUUAGGUUGCCCCUCCACAGUCUGCUCCGCGAUCUCUGCCGCCAUUUUGGAUUUGCUCUGGGUCAAUUGACCGCCAAUGCGCACAAGUAUGUGGCGUCUUACAUCCUGCGGUGCUGCGCCCUGGACAGAACCCCAACACUGGAUGAAUUCCUUAUCCUCUUCAGCCUCGGUGGGUCUUUUCCUUUCUACAGCCUGUAUCCCCACAACCAUUUCCCAAUCUUUGAGAAGGUUGAGUUCAAGCUUGAAAAAUGGGCACUGAGAUACUUCGUUAUUGAGUUCCCGGCUCACAAUCCCCUUGAUUUACCGGGUGUUGUCCUCCGCCGUUCCAUUUCCCGGACGAAAUUUGCUGCAGCAGAGUUGGCGAGCGAAGUAUACAACGCCUUGAGGAAGAAAGAGGGUUUAAUAUCUCACCUCUCUCUUCAAGACGCCCAAUUGUACAAGAAGGCGGGUUUUUACUACCCCCUGGGUCCUGACCCAUUUCCCUUCGAAGGUGUGCCUUCUCCUGAGAGAUCGAAGGCUCCUUCUGCUGCAGAGUCCAACCCAGCUAUGAGUUCUACCGGGAGUCAGUCCAAAGGUGGCUCCACUGCCUUGACUGUGCACAAAUCGGCUGCUGCCCUGGAGGUUGUUCCUAUCUCUGCUAUCCCCGGGCUCAGGAGGCCCACUCCGUCCCAGAAACGGCCACGGGAAGGUAAUACCACCCCUGCUGCUACAUCCGGGGUUUUGGAGCUAUCCCACCCGGAUAGACUUGAUUGCGAGGGAGAAGAGCUUAGGGACCAGUCUGCACUCAGAAGACCCGUAACGCUGCCUCAGCCUGAGGCGUCCGGUUCCUCUCCACAUGCCGCAACAACUCCCCAAGUAAUGGAGGAAGAAGGGAUGAAGCAGAAAGAGCCGGAGUCUUCCCCUACAGCAGAGAGGGAGGUUGAAGUGCAGACAGAAACGGAAAUCCCCUACCCGAAGGAGAAUGAGGUUGGAGAGCAGAGGGAUGCUGAAGCUCCCCCAAAAAUGAGGAGAGAGACUGAGACGCAACAGAAUCAGGAGGAGCAGCGGGAGCCGGAGGAACGACAUCCCGCCACUACACCUUCGGCCGUCAGUCUCCCCAUCCGGCGCAAGUUCACGCCGCAAACUUAUCCUGUUUUUACAAAGAGUUGGGCAGGCUUCUCCCGUGGUUUGAGGUCCUUACAAGCUUCCCAUUGGACUAUCCAGGCUAACUUGGAGAAGAUGAGGGUAUCAGUGCAGGAGCCUGCAGUUCCCCAGGCUCGCCCCGACUUGCUUGCCCUCAAUGCUCUGCACCUCAUGGAGCAGGCCCAGCAAUCACUCCUAACUUUGACUGAGGAGUACCUGGGUGAAGCAUCAGGGAACUAUCGAGCUGUAGUGCUCCUAAAGGAGAAGGAGUUAGCUGCCAGGGCUUUGCAACAGAAGGUUGACUCCCUGGAACAACAAGUCCAGGUCCUACAAGAAGAGAAUGCCCGGCUCAAGGCAGAUGGCUCAAUGGAGCUAGCCGCUGAGAAAUCCAAGGUCCAGUCCCUCCAAGAGCAGAUCGCUAUCUACCAAGAAAGAACCCGGGACCUAGAAGCACAGUUUGACAGGCUCCAGGCACAAAUCUCCAUCCUGGAAUCAAGGGCCUCAGCUUCAGAAGACAAGGUGGGAAAUCUGGAAGCUGGAUUGGUUGAAAAGGAAUCCCGGAUCUCUGAGCUGGAGAAUUCCCUUCAGGAGGCCAAGGACGAGGGUUCCCGCUCUAACGAAUUUGCCCUGAAACAGAUGGAAGCAAGACGGCUUAUCCUCGAGAAGUUGAAGGAAGAGAGAUAGACAGCAAGCGAGCUCCGGUCGAAAAUAGAUGAACGGGAGAAGGCAAUCGCUGCUCAUCAAGAGGAGGUGGCCACCCUGGUUGCCCGUGCAGAAGCCCUCUAUGAAGAGGGGAAAUUUGACAUGCAGCAAUGCAUCUACGGGGCAGUCCAGAGUGGUCUCCUGGAAAACCGAUCCUUGGACUACUUCAUCUCUUACUAUGGGUUACCUCU